AUGAGCACAUUUCGCCUAGCAGCAUUAGUUUGGGCAGUCAUAAUUUGUUUGUACGUUAUCAUUGGCUUCCCUUAUAUUGUUAGUAAGUACUUUAAUCACCCGGAAACAAAUUUGGUUAAACCUACUCGUAAAGGUAAGAUACGAGACACUGUACUUAGAAACUGCACAGUUUUAGUGCGAAAAAAAUACGUAUUCGACUCGCACCCUCGGUUUCCUCAUGGCCAUCAAGGUUUCCCUUCACCACAGUUGAAUCUUCGUCUUCUUACGAAAGAACAAGUGGAAAUAAAGGACUCCCCUAAGAUAACUUCUAGAAGAGAAAAAGUGAUCAAAAGUUUGUAUGGUUUUAAUGGCGAAAGAUCUUGGCUAAAACAUGUAAAUUCUUUAGACGACGAUAAUUUAGCCCCUCUCACUAAGUUUGCACAGAAUGUUAUUUAUCAGCACCAAAAUCCGCAUCCUUCAAGAUGUAAAGGCAAAAGGUUUCUCGUGGUAACGCAUUUUGAGAAUGCUGGCAUUGGAGCGUUAACACACUUCAUUGGUUCUGCUUUGGGACGUGCAAUCGAUUACAACAGAAUACUUAUGUGGGACAUACGAACUAACAGUAGAACAACUGGUUGGCAUUAUUUUGAUGCAGGAUGUGCCGGAAAUAGUCGUCAUGACACCCUUGACUGCUUGUAUGAGCCAUUGACAAGUUGUAGCUAUGAGCACUCAAAUGAAAAUAAUACUGUUUAUACUAACGGAUGGGAUGAUGGAACUGACAAAGAUGAACCAUGGCAUAAAUUUAGUGCACCUUCGUUAUUCACACAGGCCCUUCUUCAGUAUUCGGCAGUACCAAUAACUCCAACAGCAAUUAAAUAUUGGUGGCGCGGGCAAGCUACUGCUUAUAUACUUCGGCUGAAUGAACUAUCGCUAUCGAAAAUUCGUGCGUUACGGCUUGAUCCUUUGUUACAUACUGGCUUUACUGUUGACAAAAGCAGCAAACUGCUUCAAAACAUACCUGUUCCAUUUCCAAUGCCAGCACACUCCUUCAAUAUACAUGUUCGACACGGGGACAAAGGGAAGGAAAUGCGUCUUAUUCCUUUUCGACAGUAUGUUGAAGAAGCUGAAUGGUUUGCAAAACAAAACCCUAACUCGUACCAUAAAUUAGCAUUUCUAUCUUCGGAAGAUCCCUCUAUCUUUGACGAAGCAAAGCAGAUCACGUCAGUAACUUUUGAUUACGGUUUGACUUCACCAAAUGAAAACUGGAUUUGGUACAUGAGCAAAAUAAAACGUCUUAAUACUGGUCCAGUCCAACAACUACGAGUGUUUCAGAGUCGAAGUGAUGCAACGCUUUCUUGGCUGCUUCAGUUAUUCAUGGCUCUCGAAUGUGAUGGAUUUGUAGGUACUUUGAAUUCGAAUUGGAAUAGAAUCAUCGACGAACUACGAUGUAUAUGGACAGAUAAAUGCAUGCAGCCGUAUCUUGAAGUUGGUGACGUCGUGGAUUGGGCUAAUUAUCAUUGGUAA